AUGGCUGAUGGAAAUGAUAAUGGUGAUUUUAAUGGUUUCGCUUGUGAUUGCAUCGUAUCUCAACUCUAUGAAGCACUACCUGGUUCACCAAGUUAUAAAAUUGGUAUUGUGCCCUAUCUGUCAACAUAUGAUACCCAAGACCAAGCACGACAUCGUGGUUAUUGGAUUCCUGGUGUUCCGGUAGAAGCUCGAAUAACCGAUGUGAAACGGGAUCAGAAAUUCGGAUUGCAUCUCAUAAAUGCUUAUCUGUAUGUGAUUGAGUUGGAGCAUGGACCAUUUCGGUGGACAGUUGUUAAGCAAAAUAAAGAUUUUGCUGUACUUGCUGCUCGAUUACUUACACAUCGUGCUGCAGAACGAAUACGAGCUCCGGUUAGGAGAGCACAGGAAGCCUUGGACGAUGCACUUGAGUCGAUUGGUAUUGAUAUAAUACCGGAUCAUACGGAUGAUUGUCCAUAUCGUAAAACAACGGAAGACCAAAAGGUCCAUGAUUUGAAUAGGUGUGAUGAUCUUGAUAAUAUGCGCCAAAGUGGUACUACGGAAAAAGAGAUUAGUGUUAAGCAACAACCGGUCCUCACUGAUCCUACCGGAACUGCUGCAGUUCCUAUACCGAAUGUAUUACCACUAACGAAAGAGAAUUCUUUGGAACGAAAAAAUGUCCGAUUGAGCGAAAUAAAAAGCCAUCAACUGCCAUCGCUUGGUUUCGUUCCGGAUGCUGUUAUUGAUCCAAACGAACGUCGGCAAAGACUGGAAAAAUGGCUUCGAGCAGUACUGCAUAUACCUGUGAAUAGAAAUCACCACGAAACAGCAGAAUUUUUGGAAGUAUCGCGGUUUUCAUUUAUAAAUGAAUUGGGUGGCAAAUAUUGCGAAGGUUUUGUAAAAAAGCGUCCUGGUGGUGGCAGAGUUUUUAUUGGUUGGAAACAGUGUUGUGUUCGUUAUUGUUUAAGAUGGUCGAAACGGUGGCUUAUUUUAAAAGAUUCAUCUGUUUGUUAUAUGAACCCAAGAACUGAGCAGAUACGUUUCGUUCUUUUAUUUGAUCGCGAUUUCGAUGUUUCUGCUGGAAGUAGCGAAACAGAUGGAAUGCCGAACGGUUUAGUCAUCAGCAAUCAGCAACAUAUAUUGGCACUGAAAUGUCGAACACCGCUGGAUGCGAUACAGUGGAAGGAAGCAAUACUGGAAUCAAUGAAUGGGAUCGGAAGGAUUUGGCUCGAAAAUCAUCCUUACGGGUCAACAUUUCCCGUGCGGCGUGCACAGAGUGUUCAGUGGUUUGUAGAUGGACGAUCGUUCAUGGAACAUGCAGCGAAUAUGAUGGAAUUAGCACGUGAGGAAAUUUUCAUUGCAGGCUGGUGGUUAUCACCAGAAAUUUUUAUGAAAAGACCACCAGUAGAAGGAAACCGAUGGAGACUUGAUGAAAUUUUAAAGGUGCUUCGCCAUCCGGAUCAUUAUCUUUCAUCAGGUACAUUUUUCUGGGCUCAUCACGAAAAACUAAUCGUUAUUGAUCAGCUAAUAGCAUUUGUUGGCGGUGUCGAUUUGUGUUUCGGUCGUUGGGAUGACUGUCGUCAUAAACUGGCUGAUUGCGGUUCAGUAAAAAUUUCCGAACAGCAAAAUAUCUGUGCAGGUGGUAACUUUUCCGUGGCAAAAAGUGUUAGGCAAAUUGUAAAAGCAGCUGGAAUACUGUCACCCAUUGGACUGGAGGAAGAUGAAGAGGUAGUAAAGAAAACUGAUGGAUACGAUGAAAUUAAUAGGUCGAACAAUUUAGUCAAUCAAGAAAUUGGAAAUGACAAAAAAACCAAAACAAAGAUUAUACAGAGACGUUCAACAACUUUUGCUAAACGAAAACAGCACAAGAAAAGUCAACAAAAUGAAGGUGACAUUGAAGCACCGCGGAAGCUAACGGAACACGGUCAUGUCUUUCUCUCAGUAGUCAAGCAUACGCAGACUGUAAUAAGGAAGCCGAAAUCGACAGUUGAGAUACCACCCAUUGAAAUGCUAAAUAUGAGUGCCGAAAGAAUGGACAUUCAUGACGCUAUGGAUAAAUAUAAGGCUUAUGUACAUAGUGGAAAAGCAGAAGAGGCAAAACACAAUGCGGAAAAGAAAUCAACACCUCCACCACAACGAAAGAUAUUGUCAAAAGUAGCACAUAGCUUAAAACCAUCAUCGGCCAAAAAGCAUUGGCAGAAAGUUAAACAAGAAACAACUCGAUAUGAUCUUAGAUAUAUGGAACUGCGCGAUCAAAACGAGAAAAUUCGUGCUAUAGAAGAAUGUAUGACAGGUGCUGGAAAAUUGUGGGUUGGAAAAGAUUACGCAAAUUUCAUUCAUAAAGAUUUUGUUGAACUCGAUAUGCCAUUUCAUGAUUUUAUCGAUAGAAAUAUGACUCCGCGAAUGCCUUGGCAUGAUAUUCAUGCAUGUACGUAUGGCAGUGCUGCACGUGAUAUUGCUCGACACUUUAUUCAAAGAUGGAAUGCUACUAAAACGGAAAAAUCGAAGGAGUUGAAAGAAUAUCCGUUUUUAUUACCUAAAUGUUAUGACACCAUUAAAGUACCACGCGUCAUAGAAACAUAUAGUAAUCUAGCUGAUGUGCAAAUUUUACGCUCAGUUUCUAAAUGGUCAUCACUUACUAACGCUACAGAAGAUAGUAUUCAACAGGCAUAUCUUUCUCUUAUUGCAAAUGCUCAACAUUAUGUUUAUAUUGAAAAUCAAUUUUUGUUUCCAUUAUUGAUAGCGCUGAUGUGGGAAACGAAAUUUGUAAAGUACUUUGCGAACGAAUCAAACGUGCCUAUCGGUGACAUUGGCGCACCAGGUGGUUCAGCAUUACAGGCUGUUUUACACUGGACUUAUAAAUCACUCUCCCGAGGGCCUGAUUCGUUGAUCGAAAGUCUCAAAAAAUUUAUGCCUGAUCCGAUGGAAUAUAUUCAUAUUGGUUCUUUACGUACCUACGAAAUCCUCUCUGGAAAAUUGCUAACAGAACUAAUUUACAUCCAUUGUAAAUUAAUGAUUGUGGAUGACCGAUAUGUGAUUAUUGGAUCAGCGAAUAUAAACGAUCGUUCACAAGUUGGUAAUAGAGAUUCAGAAGUUUGCAUUCUUGUCAAAGACUGCGAAAAUGUUCCAUCUCGAAUGGAUGGAAAACCAUACAAUGCGGGCAAAUUUGCAUUCAGUUUGCGAAAGGCACUAAUGAUGGAACAUCUUGGUUUGUUGCCGGAACAAAAAAGAAAACCACCGAAAAGGGAAAUUGAUGUAGAUGAUCCUGUCGCUGAUUCGUUUUUUGUUGGUACAUGGGGAGCUAUUGCAAAGAAGAAUACGGAAAUAUUUGAAAAAGUUUUCAAUGUUAUUCCAACAGACAAACUAAGAGAUUUCGUGGAAGUUCAAAUGCAUGUUGCAAAGAUACCGUUAAGUGAAACUGUGCCACAGGUUGCCGAAGAAUAUCUUCGAGAUUUGAUUGGUAAUCUUGUGGAAUUUCCACUAAAUUUCCUUGCUAAUGCCAACCUUGCACCCGGCUUUGCAUCCAAAGAAGGUAUUGUACCAUCAUCGGUUUUCACAUGAUUCAUGC